GGAUCUUAUCCCGCUCAUUUAGCGGAGUCUCCAUGGCCCUUUCCCUAAAAGCUACAGUGUUUUCAAACCCAAAGACACUGAGCUGCGAUGUGGCGAUCAAUAGUUACUCCUCCGUGUAUGCGGUCGUGGCUCACAAGAAUGUUGACUUUCGAUUCACGGUCGUUGUACAAAUUACAAAUCACGAGCCCUGAAGACAUGAGCCUUUGUUUUGUUUUCAGACAGCUGGUAAACCACAGCGGUUUGACGUCAAUCAUUGCUUGGUGCAAGUAUGAUAAAUUCUGCCUGUGGUCGAUUUACCUCACUUGUCUUUGACUGUGACUUGCCACCGGGAUAACUAACAUAGAUAGAGCCGUCCUCUUCUCAAGAUUUUGCUAAGAGUUGGUCUUAAUGCUCUUCCCUUUUACUGGU